CAAUUUGACUCGACAUCUAUAUAAUCAUCUUUAGACGCCAUAAUAGUAUUUUUACGCCACCAUAACAUCAUUCGUUCAUCAACUAAUUCCUUCCUCUUUCUAAACCAAAGAUCGAUCCAAUGGCAACAUCAUCUUCAUCAGAUCAAAAACCACGCCACCUUCUAAACAACAUUUACACGGGUCCCACUUCAGCUCCACCACCAACACCUUCUACUCAACCAUCUCUCUCUACCACUUCCGACGCCGCUGAAACUCUCUCUCGUCUCCUCCACCGCCUUCCUCCUUCUCUCUCUCUUCCCACGCGCCGCCUCUCUCCACGUUAUCUUUCCACGUCAUCAUCAUCAUCAUCAUCUCCUCUUCCUACACCUUCUCUUUCCUCCAUGUCAUCAUUCGAACUCGGUUACUUCCAACUCACCUCCCAUUCUAUCCCUCCCCAACUCGCUGAGUCUGCCGAGUUUGACUCACUCUCCCUCUUCGAGUUACCCCUAGAAGAAAAACUCAGUUCUUUUCCUAAAGAAUGGCCUUUUGGGUUCAAUUAUGAUGAUGAAGAUCGUGAUCAUGAUCAUCAUAAAACGGGGUCGUUUUGCUUAGAUGGUCAGUGCUCGUGCUCUUGCUCUUCUACCGAGUUGAAGUUGACGAGUUUGAGAGAGUUGACUCGCGAGUUGGAGAAGUUAGGGUUGAUGGUGGUGGAGAAGCUAACGUGCGCCAUGGGGGUUGAGAACCCGUUUAGAGAAGAAAAAAGUGAAGACGGUUUAAAUGUGGGACCCAAAUAUAGUUCCAUGAUGUGGGUAUCUUCAUCGGACGGUGAUAAAGGAAUGAGGGUGUACCCGUAUGUGGUGGGGUUGCAGUACCAGAUUAGGCCAAGGAAAUGGGAUUUGUUGUCGGAUUCGGGUUUAGUUAAUGUGGAGCCUGAAGUUGGGUCCGUUUUGGUAACGCUUGGAGACAUUACUCAGGUAUGGAGCAAUGGAAAGCUAAAGAAAGUGAGAGGAAGACCAACACCAAAUCCCAAUUCAGAACAGAAUGAAAAAUCAAGCUUAUCAAUGACUUUACUUCUCACCCUUCCUCUUGAAAGCACUGUCUCACCCCUAUUCAUCAUUCCAAAUGCAUCCUUAAAUUCCAACAACCUGGGAAAAGAAAGCAAUAUUGUUGAUAAUCCUCAAAUAGAUCAUGAUGGUAAAAUUGAUCAUGAUCAUACGGUUGAUGAUCAGCGAAUAUUUAACUCGUUUAAUUUCGAGGAUUAUGCAUGGAGAGUUUACCAUGAACGUCUUCAGUUAAAAGAUCCCCUUGAUAGAUACCGUAUUAUUGAUGAUUGAUGAAUAUUUUUGGCUGGAAUAAACCUAGAAAAUAAAAGUUGAAUAGGCUGGAAAUAUAUAAAGCAAAAUUAUGUUUUAAAAUUACGGUAAAAGAAUAAUUAAAUAUCGAACCCCAUGUAGUAUUAAAGGUUUAGCCACAAGUGGGGCCAAACCCAUGCUAGCCCCCUUUGGCUUUGACCAUGCAUGGUAUUUUGUACUAGGAUAGUUGGGUUUGUAAUGAUUUUGUUGGACACUUUAUGGUUUUAUUUUAUUAAUUCUUAUUGCAUGUAAAACCGAUAAUUGAAGCCUUAAAUUGUUGAUUUUAUAUUUUAUGAUUGUUAAAAUGUUUGUUUAUGUUAUUAUAAAUCAUUUUAUAAAUUUGAGGAGUAGCUCUUACUGU